GGAGGAAGUCGGGGCGGGGGGGUGAUAAGGAGACACAAGCCGCAUUGUGCAGCCCGGCCGCGUUUGAAUAUCGCCCAGCACAGGAGCCGAGCGGAGCCGGUGGCAGGUUCUCGCCAGGGAUCCCAGAUCUUAGGGGGCCGCUGACACAUUGCCCCUGAGCUGGGCAGCACUUGUCUGCGGUGGGACCCCAGGCUGGCAGAGGGGGAGCUGGCCGGCGCGGGAGGAGCAGAGAUGAGCGAGACACUGGACCUGGACAAGGGCUGUACGGUUGAGGAGCUGCUGCAGGGCUGCAUUGAGGCCUUUGACAAUGAGGGGAAGGUGCGGGACCCCCAGCUGGUGCGAAUGUUCCUGAUGAUGCAUCCCUGGUACAUCCCCUCCUCCCAGCUGGCCGCCAAGCUGCUGCACAUCUACCAAGAGUCUCGUAGCUCAGAAAGCAGCUCCCUGCAGGUGAAAACCUGCCACCUGGUGAGGUACUGGAUCUCAGCAUUCCCGGCGGAGUUUGAUUUGAACCUGGAGCUAGCAGAGCAGAUCAAGGAGCUAAAGGAGGUUCUGGGCCGCGAGGGGAACCGGCGCCACAGCAACCUCAUCGACAUUGAGAAUGUCCCUACCUACAAGUGGAAGCGCCAAGUGACCCAGCGCAACCCAGUGGCCCCGAAGAAACGCAAGAUGUCACUGCUCUUUGACCACCUGGAGUCCUCUGAGCUGGCGGAGCAUCUCACCUACCUGGAGUACCGCUCCUUCUGCAAGAUCCUGUUCCAGGACUAUCACAGCUUCGUCAUGCACGGCUGCACUGUGAACAACCCCAUCCUGGAGCGGUUCAUCACCCUUUUCAACAGCGUCUCACAAUGGGUGCAGCUCAUGGUGCUGAGCAAGCCGACCGCCCAGCAGCGGGCGCAGGUCAUCACCCGCUUCAUCCUGGUGGCGCAGAGACUCCUACAGCUGCAGAAUUUCAACACGCUGAUGGCUGUGGUGGGGGGGCUAAGUCACAGCUCCAUCUCCCGCCUCAAAGAGACCCACAGCCACGUCAGUUCUGAGACCACCAAGCUGUGGGAGUCCAUGACGGAGCUGGUGACCUCGCUGGGGAACUACAGCCGCUAUCGGCGCCGCCUAGCCGAGUGCGUCGGCUUCCGCUUCCCCAUCCUGGGCGUGCACCUCAAGGACCUGGUGGCUGUGCACGUGGCACUGCCGGACUGGCUGGACCGGGCCCACACCCGCGUCAACGGCACCAAGAUGCAGCAGCUCUUCGGGAUCCUCAACGAGCUGGUGCUGGUGCAGAGCAUCAAACCGCCCUUCGAGGCCAACAUGGACCUCAUCAACCUGCUCACAGUGUCGCUGGAUCAGUACCAGACGGAGGAGGAGAUCUACCAGCUGUCGCUACAGAGAGAGCCCCGUGGCAAGUCGGCCGUGAGUGCGUGUCCAUCCAGCCCCACUUCCUGUUCCCCCCCAAGCCGACCAGCUGACAUAGAUGAGUGGGCCUUGGCUGUGAAACCCAAACCGGACCAGACACUGGUGCGGACACACAUUGAGAAGAUGGUAGAGUCCGUGUUCCGGAAUUUCGACGUGGACGGAGACGGCCACAUCUCCCAGGAGGAAUUCAAAAUAAUCCGCAACAACUUCCCCUACCUCUGCAAAUUUGGGGACCUGGAUGAGAACCAGGAUGGCUGCAUCAGCCGGGAGGAGAUGAUCUCGUACUUCAUGAAGUCCAGUGCUGCGGUGGACGGGAAGAUGGGCUUCAUCCACAGCUUCCAGGAGACCACCUUCUUGCACCCUGUGUCCUGCCGUCACUGCAAGAGCCUGAUACUGGGAAUCUACAAACAGGGGUUAAAGUGCCGCUGCUGCGGCGUGAACUGCCACAGGCAGUGCCGGGAGCACCUCUCCCUGGAGUGCCGCAAACGGGCCAAGAGUUUCAGCCUGGCCAGCCCUGCCCACGUCCCCGCCCGCUCCUUCAGCUUCUCACUGCCCCGCCCGGCCUGCAGAUCUCCGCGCCACACAGAGAUCCGCGAGGAGGAGGUCCAGGAUGUGGAGGACGGGGUUUUCGACGUCCAUUUAUAAAGACAAACACGGUCUGCUCUUCCUCACCAGCUGUGGCUCUUCCUCCCAAGCUGGGAUCUCCUGUCCCCCCCCCAAUCUGCCAGCUGACUUCCCGGCUCCCCCACUGUGGGGUGACACAGAGACGAGGCAAAGGGGCGUCUGAGGAGAGGGCGUAGGGCAAGGGGGAGAGACGGCCCUUCCAGUGGGUGCAGAAGCUGCUCUGGGGGCAAUUGGAUGGGUCCUUUACUAGUUGAGGGGGCGGGGAGGUGGCUGCAUGUCAGGACUCCUGGGUUCUAUUAAUGGGGGAUGGAGACAUGAGUUAAUGUGGGGAGGGGGUUGUGAAAUUAGUAAGAUCUCGCCUGACAUCCCUCAAACACAUCCUCCUGCGCUCCAGCAUCAGGGUCCAGUGUGGGUCUGUGGGAGGACUUCCCCAUCUCUGGUGGGAGCUGCCUGGGGUAUCCCCCCUGCCCUGCAGGGAAGAGGAGGUUGCCUGGGGCCCGAUACAUGUGGCUGAUGAUGGAGGGGGAGUGAAGGGGGUUGGUUUGGGAGCGGGAGGGUGGGGUGUGGGUCACAGUCAGGACACCCCCCUUCCCCUGUGGGCCCAGCUGUAAAGAUUCCUUGCUGUGUAUAUUUGUACCUAACAACAGGAUUCAGAGAUGUAAUAAAUAUAAUAAAACCA